ACUGUUUUCAGUCGGAUUGUUAUUCCAGACGGAACGCAAAGCAACCGUUGACGCACAAAGCUCGGCUGAGUGACUUCGGUCUCUGGAUACAGUCGUCUUUAAAAACUCAUUCUAACCCAGACUGUACGAGUUUUGUGUCUGUUUUCAGUGGUAAUGUAACUGCGGUGAACGCGCAUCAUGGACGGAGGUAUUUCAGAGUCGCACGGUGAGUUUUAAAGGUUACAGAAGCGUUUGUUUAGCUAGGCCUCAACCAAGUCCCGCGCGCGGGAAUGCUAAUGCUAACUCCCGGGGAAUAGUUGUUUUAAAAAAAUAGUUAAUAUGUAAAUAUUUAAAACCAACCAGGAUUUACAUUGGAAUUGUUUUGUUUGCCAGAUGCCCAAACUACGGGCAGAAAUGACAGCUUUAGUUGAAGGUGAUUAUGUUAGGGUAGGGGGUUAUCUGGCUCUGCUAACGCUAGCUAGAGCCGAAGCUGAUUUGAAAUCGAUUAACUGACUUAAAAUCGACUUAUAGUGCUAUGUUGACGCUGGUUGGGACGAUGUGCACAUUGUUAGUAAAUAUUAAAGCUAUAGGUUAUCAAAUGUUUUAAAACGCAUAUUUGAUUGGAUACUUUGCGAAAACAACAGAGUGUUUGAUGAAGCUGGGAAAUGUAUUGUUUAAAUUAAAAAGGCAAAUUAACGUUCAAUUCAAUUUAAGCAACAUGAUUAUAAAAAGGUGUGACAGGGAGAAUAAAAAAAUGAAAGUCACCAAUUUUUCAUUGGGAGGGUAUCUAAGGACUUGCUUGAAGGUCUUGGAGACGUUUCGACUGUAGGCCUCUAGGCGAUACGUCUCUAAAAUCCUCAAAAGUAAGUCCACAGAUGCCCUUUCAUGAAGAACUGGUUGACCAUGACCUGCAUGAAUAGGAACCUAAAGUAACUGUACAGAUGCUCAGCAUUCUCACCGCUUAACUGGAGUUUAAACAUCCUUCAUGACCUGAGACUUGAUCUGACUCCAGAGGAAGCAAAGCUGAUGCUUUUCUGCAGAGCAAAUACAAUAGCUCACAAUGAUAUCAACAUAUAUUAUUAAAGGGAUAUUCUGGUGUAAAAUUAAUUUAGGGUCAAACACACUGUAACACUGAGUUAGACUCCCCCUCAAGAGAUGAGUGUUGCAAAUCGCUUGCUUCUCUAGUUAAACCAACUUUAGUAAUGACCGCAGGAUAGUGAUACACAGCAGUCUCAGGAGCCAUAAACAAACCUCAACCAAAACACCACUCUAUAGCCACAAAUAAUGCUCAGAACAGCACCUAACAUCAUCACCAGUACAUAUAGGGUCCUAGCCAUAGCACUAGCUAUCAAACAUCUUUUUCACUUUGCCUAAUUUCUUUUGCAAAGAGAUUAAACACAUCUCACCUACUCUCUUCCAGCAGCCGCAUGUUUGUAGCGAGACCUCAGGCCAGUCCCCUAGGACUGCAGCUGGGUGACACAGCUCAAGGAAGAACAUUUAUGAUCAUUUCUUCAUGGAAAUACAAUCAGACCAAGACGCGAAGGCAGAAGAACUACUGCCUCUGCAGUGCAAAAUAACUAAUAUGGCGAUUAUUACUUUAAGGAAAUGAUAAAGAAAUGAUCAUAAAUGUUCUGCAUGCUGCGUCACCCUGCAGCAGUCCGUAAUUGAUUGGCCCAAGGUCUCGCUACAAACAAGUGGCUGCUGGAAGAGAGUGGGUUAGAUGUGAUUAGUCUCUUUGCUAAAGAAAUUAGGCACAAUUGAAAAGAUGUUUGCUGGCAAGUACUAUGGCUCGGACCCUAUAUGUACUGUUGAAGAUUUGUUUAUGACUCCUCAGACUACUGUGUAUUGCUAUCGCGCAGUCAUUACUACAUUGUAAUGGUCUGAAGUUAGUCUCUGUUCUUAUCUCAAUAAAUGCUCCGUGAACUGUCUUUUAACCCUUAUAAUUAAUCUCCUUAUCAUUACAAACGGGGCUAACCCCUCAGUGAUCUCUUCAGUAAUGGGUUAAAUUCAUGUGUGAAUGAGUAUUUGAAUUAUCGUCAUAAUAUCAUCCCACUAACACUUUUUAAAAAGUUUCUGUCUGUUUUCUAUUAUUUUAUGAGACUCAAACCUUUGAAUUCCCCACGUUUAGGUCCCACUCUCCCCCUCUCUGCCCUGCGCCUCCUGGUCCCGCCUAUCCGACUGGUCUCUGCAGCCAUUUGGCAGACGGUGGAGCAGAAAAUCGUGUCCGAUUAUGGACUACUGGAGGAGUUUGUGUUUAUGAUUACGGAGAUUGUUCCCCAGCUUCUCUCUGUGAGACAGCGGGCUGAACUCCUCCUGGGUCUUAGAGCGAGGGUGAGUGAAAUGUGAUAUUCCUAGUUUUCAGGAGCUCUGAAAUAUGAACCAAAUGAGAGAAAGUGUACGCUGUUUCUUGCCUAAGCUGUUGCUGUGUUAAUGUGUCUUCAUACUCAUCAUAAGUUAGUCGAUAUGCAGGACAAUGUGUGAAUGUUUUACUGAAUAACAGAUAGAUUUUUCUAUUACCAUAGAACAGUGGGUGUUACACACCUGAUUCAAAUGAUCAGCUCGUUAGUAAGCCAUUACAGCUAGAUAACGAGCUGAUCAUUUGAAUCAGGUGUGUUGGAACAGGGAAACAUCCAAAACAUGCAGGACAAUGGGCCUCAAGGACUGGACUUGAGAACCACUGCCAUAGAUGUUAUCCAGCUGAACAGUCUCUAUUUGAAUAGCCAGCUAAUGAGGCACAGCUUCAUUGUAAAUGCCACAAAACCCUUCUUUACUCAAUGAUUACAAUUGAUUGUGUUAGGACACAACAUUUCAUUGUGCGGUGUGAAUAAAAUACCUUGUUUUUUAUUGUUUUUUUAUCUAAAAUAAAAUGUGUCUUUUUGUAAAACGAGAUUUAGUCUUCAUAGAAAAUAGGGGUUGAUUGAUACCUACAGAGGUUUAUUCACAAGACCACAUUCGAGCCGGUGUGUAUGGGAACAGAACAGCAGACAGAUGUUUUGUCUUCCUGCUGACUCACGUCCUCAUUGUUGCUCUUCUCCUCUGAUUGUAGCUCAUCCUGGAGUUGUGUCGCUCUGAAGAGACGGCUGACCUUCAGAUCAUUCAGCCACACCUUGAUCGAAUGCAGAGCCUCAGGUCGCUGUGGAACGUGGAGGUGAGUCUUAACAUGAGUAAUAUCGGGAGUGGCUUUUAUUUGAUCAAGGUUUUUAAAAUGGUCUACAUUGUCUCUGAUCUGAAAGUACUGCUCGCAGUGAACCUUUCUGUUUUAUUAACAAAAUAGAGUGUUGUGGGUACAUAUACUAUCUUUGAAGAACUAUGAAAACAAAUUCACCUUUUUAAACAUUGUUUUAUUUGCAGGUGGAAAAUCCAGAACAGGAUCCAUCUGACUCACAUUUUAUGGGUCUUGUCCGAAACUUACUGAGAGAUCCUGAAGAGAGGAAAAAUUUCUUCCAGGUAAAAUUUUUUAAGGAUUUUUUAUUUAAACACAUUAUCAUAUGCACAUUUUAUGUAUUACUUGUAACAUUUGAGAUCAUAAGAUUAAUGUAUAAGAUAAAUAUAGAGGACAGAAGUUGGAUUACACUGCUGUAUAAAAGCCAGAGGUACCUUGGACACCUAUGCUGUCUUUUUAAAUCUUACAAGUCCUCCUAGAGGAAGUUCUUCUUGUUAUGAUUUCAUACUAUGUUCUGGCGGGUUGCAUAUUUAAUUCCAGUGGAUUUUCUUUGUGUUUCAGGAUGUUUUUCCAGAAGACUUUGGCCCCACAUAUGACAAAGCAAUCCAGACCCUGAUGUGGCUGUUUUUGUCCAGGCUUGAAAAGCUUCUCCCAACUCAGACUCUGCAACAGGUACAUUUCUGUCAGGUUAAAUAUUUGUUAUUGCACACACACUUGAAACAGGAGUAUAUCUCUUCACAUGUAUGUGUACUUAUGGGAAUCAUAUCACUGAAUCUCCUGUGUAAAACACGUACGGCUGCAGGCUAAACUGAGCAAUGACGCCUACAUUUCAUGGAUUCUGAUGAAUGCUUUUGUUCAGCGUGAACUCAGCCUGUUGUUCUCAAUUAACAGCAGGGUGUCAUGCAAACUGAAUGCAGUAUUUACAGGCUUUGUUUGGACCUCAAAAUACGAAUCUUUGUGAGCUGCCAGCUAACAGCGCUGCUUUCUGCUUUUUUGUACCUGUGUUUAAGUGUUCGGCCUGACUGUGUCUAUGAAAAAGAGAAGAUAUUCCUUUAUUAGUCCCACAGGGGUAAAUUCCAAAAAAGUGUCAACUAGAGUUUAUAAGAUGUCCUCUUGUUGUCUCACAAAGUUUCCACUCUGUUUGUUAGAUUGCAGCUCUGCUCAGCGACACGUCUGCUGUUCUGAAUGAAUGCAUGGAGAGUUUCGCUCAGCCACAGGAGCUCAAAACCCUGCUGGACACUCACAAAGACCUCAGCCAGUUAGGGGACAUCGGUGAGUGUCUCAGAGCUCUGAUCUUGUUAUUUUUCUUUUGGCGGAAGUGUUGUUCCUUAUUCCAGACAACACAACGUCAUCUAUCAAAACUGCCAGGAUAUCCCGGUGUUUAAGUGUUCUCAUGGUUUCUGUUUCAGAUUCCUACAUCGUCGACAGCGGCAUCUUGUCAGCGCUCUGUCUCCCCCCUUCAGAAAGAGUUGUGAUCGUCAACGAACAAGCAGAAACAGAUGCAGAGAGUGGACUCGUGUAUACAGUCUGCACAGAGAUGGAAGUCGAGUCCGAGAACAAGGAGGUUUUCGUUGAAGGAAGCAGGACUUCUGAAGAGUGUGUGCAGACCCCGUGGUUUGGCCUCAGCAGCGAGGUCAAAGCUGAAAUGGACAGUGAGGUUGCCACGGACCCGAUCGAGGGCACCGAGGCCAGUGAGAGCGAAAUGGCGGAGGAACAAUCUGGUACACUGAUGAUCGGGGAAGACGGUCAGGUGACGGUACUGGAAGCAGAGGAGAAGAGGCCGAAAAAACGGGGGCGCAAAAAGAAGCUUCCUGUCGAUGAAGACUUCGAAGUGCCAAGCAGGGUGAGGAGCAAAGAAGAAGACCCAGACUACGACGCCAUGUGGGAGAGGCCGGUGCGAAAGAACCGCGGACUCAAGAUGAAACGGUACCUGUCUCAGUGGAGGAAAUCAGGGAAGACGCAGGCUGGUAACGCCGCCAACAACAGCACUAAAAAGUUCGGCAGAGGCCGAGGUUCAGCGAGAAGCAACGACCUGGAUGAGCGGACGUGCAAAGUGUGUGGAAAGGUGGUGGCCCGUGCCCACCUCUUGGAGCGUCACAUGAAUCGGCACUCUGAAGAGCUGCCCUUCUCUUGUCCUGCGUGUAAAAAAAUCUAUAAGAGCUUGCGAUUCUUGCAGCAGCACAGAUGCCCAAAUAAGGCAAGAGGAAGGCCCGGCAGGAAACCAAAGCAACAAACUGAGAGCUCAGCAAACGACGGGGAACAAUCAUCAAGCCAGUUGGAUAUCUCCAAUGAAGGGGAGCCGUCAGACAAUGCAGACCAGGACCUGGAUAACUCAACAGAGAGAUCCUCCCUAGAAUUAGGGCAGACCAGCCCAGAUGACAAGAGUGUGCUCGAGGGUCCAUUUUACUGUCCUCACUGCAGCGCCGAGUUCAAGUGCAAACAGACUUUCAGGUUCCAUUUGAGGAACAUUUGCUACAGCGAGCAGCAGGUGGACCCAGAGAAGCCCGAGGAUGAGAAGCACUGUUUCAAGUGUAACGAAUGCGACAAGGCGUUUAAGUACAAAUCGACGUUGGAUUCACACAAACAAACCCACAACCCGCUCUACUGCGAGGUGUGCAUGAAGCUGGUGCGCGACUCCGAGGCAUUGGCCAUGCACAAGGAAUCCCACACUCCAUUUCAAUGCAACCGCUGUGAGGAGCACUUCCCCGUGUUCAAGGCCCUUCACAAGCACUACAUCGACGCCCACAACCCCACCGAGCCCUACACCUGCUCACACUGUCAGACCACUUUCGCCAGUUUGAAGCGGUUCAUCAGACACGAGUGGAAACACACUGGCUACCAACCGUUUCAGUGCACCAACUGUACCAAAAGAUUCCGGUCGUACUCAGACCUCGUGGAGCACCAGAAGAAACACACAAAAGCAUAUCCGUUCCUCUGCUGGGAGUGUGGAAAGAAAUUCAGACAUGGCGUUACUUUGACAAGGCAUGUGCAGCGUGUGCACCACUCUGGAGAACCCAUAUUAGAGAAACCGUCUUCGAUCUUCGCCUGCGCCCAGUGCGGCAAGACCUUCACAUCCAGGAGGUGCCUUCUGAAACACGAUAACUUCCACCACAAAGGGCUGCGCUUCCCAUGCGAGCACUGCGGGAAGGGAUUCUUCGGAAAGGACGCUCUGGUGAGGCACACUCUGAUCCACACGGGGGAGCGGCCUUUCAAGUGCGACGACUGUGACAAGUCCUUCAGAUCGUCGGCAGAAUUAAAGAUUCACAGGAGGUACCACACCGGGGAGAGACCGUUCAAAUGCAACAUCUGUGAAAAAGGGUUCGUCCAGUCCUGCUUCCUCACUUUACACAUGCGGACCCACACGGGAGAGAGGCCGUAUGUUUGUGCAGUCUGUAAUAAAGGCUUCUCAAGUCUGCAUGGCCUGAAACGACACAGGAGACUCGUUCAUGCGUAGUUACUAACACAAAACUAACUCCUAUAAGGAUGUCUGCUCAAGUCAGCAUCGGCUUAAUUUAAAGAACUGUGGAGGAGCUGACCAAGGACACUUCAGCAGAGUUGGUGCUGACUGAAAUUGGCAAAUCGAAAAAAAAACAGGGGGUCUUGUUGGAAGUUUGCCAUAAUGCAAUCUCUGCAUGUGUCUUAGAUCAUGUUGGCAGGACUGUGUAAAUGUACAGUUUAAUGCAUAAUAAAAAUCUAACUUUGUAUUUUUUACAGAGCUGUUUGAUGUAGUAAAGAUUUGUAUGUAUAAAUGAUAUAAAACUUGCUUUCUUUUUGAAUUGAUCUCCUUUUCUUGAAUAAAUUAAACAUUUGAUUCCAAAUGUUAUUGGAUUAACCCCAAGAGUGA